AGAGGUUUGCCUGCUCACUCCGGCACGUGCGCCAAGUGAGAGCACGUGAGGAAAAACGUGUGUCGAAUUCAUAGCACAUUAUUUUGACAUUUUGUUGUUCGUAUUAAUAUUAUUAUUAAACGUUAAAGUCCUCAGUUGGUAGCUUGGUUGUUUCUACUCGGUUGCUAGGUGACUUGGCGAGUGACACUCGUCAAAUGAAUAUGCAAAUGAGACAGCGGUGACGGGCUAACUAACGCCGAGUUAAUAAUAACCCACAUGGUGGUGGGUGAAACCGUAAUAAAAGUGGCCUUUUUUUACGUUCCCGUCGUUCUGUUUUCGAUUGUGUCGUCAUCACUGACUUGCUAUGCUAAUUUAGAGCUAGCUAAUGAGGGACGGGUAACAGAGCGCAUGUCCCCCCCCUCCUCCUCUCAUCCAUCCAUCCCUCUCUCCUCUUCCCAACAUCCUUCAUCGUCAUUCUUCCAUUCGGAGUCAUCUGAGUGCCUCCAAAGUAUUCUUGGACUAGGAUCCGACCCGGCUCGUUCUCAUCAUGACGCAAGUGGUUCCGACUCGUCCGGCUGCUUUGACAGCUCUGGCCCCUCCUCCUGCAACCCCGCUGACCAAAACAAUGGCAUCGCCUUGUCAGUCGCCCGCCAGUCACAAGAGCCCCACAGAGCUGUCGAAGAUGCCGCGGGACAAAGAUUGUUGCGCACAGCGGCAGCGAGAGCGCAUGACGGCGGCGCCGAGGCGCAAGGAUCAGCAGCGCCGCCUGCCGGCCGAGGAAAAGCAACAGCGGCGGCAGCAGGAGGCCGAGAAGGAGAGGCUGGAGGCCCUGGUGCGCCGGAGAGCCGGGUGCGGCGGCGCCGAGCGCCGGGGAGGAGGAGAGGCCCGCGAGCAGCUGGACAACAGGCCCAAGCGAUGGACGUGGGGGGGGCCGCCGGAUGGUGUCGGGGGUAACACUAAGACCCCGCCCUGCCACGCCUUUGGCUCCGCUCAGCCCAAUCGGCUCCCCGCUGCUUCCAGCACCCACCAAACCCGUAACGCCUGUGAAUUCUUGGCCCCGCCCACCCCGUCCGAUCAGCCCAUGAGCAAGCAGCUGUCCAACUCGUCCACUGCCCUCCACUCCUCAGAGACAGCUUCUUCCAACAAGCACAGAGCUCACAGAAGUUCCUCCAACCGCAGAAGCGUCGCCGCAUUCCCCGAGGAGACGCCACGAGCCGGAACGCCCACGGGAGAGGCUCCUGCUGCACCUGUUCGCAAUUCCUCCUUCAGAGCUAACAGUAAAGGUCCUGCUACGCCAAAAAGGGUGCGAGCGAGCAGAAGUCGGGCUCAGUCGCCCUGCUCGCCGGGUCAGUACCCGCCCUCCCCUCUCCGGCAGAGGGCCACCACUCCCGGCGGCGACGACAGGGCUCACCACGGCACCUUGGACAGGAAAUCCGGCAAAUGUGAAAGCUCCGACAAGAAGAUCCCGAAAUCUACCAGCAGAGAAUUGUGUGCAGAGUCCCCGGGAACGCCCACGGGCCGCAGCGUAGGCGGCACCAUGGACGCCGAGGAGGCAUCGCGACUGCUGGCCGAGCGCCGCCGCCUGGCUCGGAUACAGAAGGAGCAGGAGGAGCGGCAGCGGCGGGAGGAGGAGCUGCUGCGAGCCGAGGAGGAGCGCAGGAGGCAGCAGGAGGCCCGGGAGCUUCAGGAGAGAGCGGCGCAGCAGGCGGAGGAGGAGCGAGCCCAGCGCGAGGAGGAGAGGAAGAGCAGAGAGGAGGAGGAGCGCCGGCAGAAGGAGCAGCGAUGGAAGGACAUGCAGGAGCAGCUGGACCAGGAGAGGGAGGAGGCCUUCCAGCGAGUCCAGAGAGAAGCCGAGAGGAAGAGGAGGGAGCGGGAGCAGCUUCACAUUCAGGAGGAGCAGGAGAGGCAGCAGAGGAAGAAGAGAAUUGAGGAAAUCAUGAAAAGAACACGCAAGAGUGACGUGGACGCUCCGCCCGCUGCUGGAGCGUGCGACGUGAGGUCCGGAAUGGCGGCGCUCGUCUUGGUGGAGGACGCCCCGACUCCCGCCGAGGCGCCCGUCAUCCUGCUGGGCCCCCUGGAGAACAAGAGCUGCGUGGACGAGCUGUCGGACGGCGUCCAGUCCAUGGACGUCAGUCCAGUGUCUAGGGACGAGCCGGCCAGCGCUCAGGAGUUCUCGCCGGUGACGGACGGGUCGGACCGCUGCACCCUGGAACAUAUGAUGGACGUGGAACCGCAGGCGCCCCCCUUUGCCAGGCUGCGGGCCGGCAGCGGCGUGGGCGACCUUAACGAGAACCUCCUGAUCCAAGCGUAUAGCACCGCCGCCGAAUCCUCGCCGCUCAUCCACGGCUCCGGUGAGGUGGAUGUGUAACCUGCCGGAUGUGGACGCGCAGGAGAUUUCCAUCCUCGGCUUCUCGACUGAAUGCAGCAGCGAUCGUCAUUUUCUCUCCGGGAAGAGCCGCUGCUCAUCAGCGUUCAACCCGACGGCUCCCCAAAAACUUCCCAAAAUGAGCACACGUAGCUUCUUCAGUAACUCCAAACUUCACUGGUUGAUUUAGUGAUUGAAUGAUGACACGUCACAAUUUGUAAUGUUUGUCAACAACGGGGGGGGGGGCCUGGAUACUUUCGUGUGGCAGAAGGUGAGGAAAACGGAGUGGCUGUAGCUUCUGAUGGAUGAUUGAUAUGUACGUCCGUCAUGGUUUCAUCAUGACGACGAGUUCAGUUUGUAUGCAUGCCUGGGCUGAGUAGACCACACCGCGCGAUCCAUUUCAAAUCUGCGCCAUUAUUCCGAGCAUUACAAAAGUCAAGCUCAAGCGAUCGUGGCCUUCAAAAGGGGUCACCAAAAGAACCACACAACGGUGGGCUGAGCUCAUUUACAAAUUAUGGUGGUAUGAUAUACACCAAGGUGAAGUCAAGUGAAGAUUAUUUAUCUGGACCGAUGAGGUUAGGGGUGGGGGAAGCGGCAGUUAGACAGGCCAAAAUCCAGAGACAUGCUGCAUAUUAAGUGGCAUUUCUUUUCUUGCUGGCUCUGGAAUGACUAGACAGUCCCCAUCUUCCCACCAUGCCAUUUUAGAAUCGACCUAGCUGUUGAAAUGUUAAUUAGAGCCAUGAAGACAGUUGUCGCCAUCACUCCAUCUCGAGCAAAUGACACUUGAGGGUUUGUUCACUCCCGGUGCCAUCGGAGGACGCUUCACCUUUUGCCAUCUUGGAUGUUUGUUUGCCUGUGUAAGGAAUUUAAUUGGAAGAUAUGCAGAUGACGAUUUAAGAGGAGCGGUUGAUCAUCCAGGCAAACGUUAAGACAACAGAGAUGAUGAUUAUUAAUCUGAUGACUGCAGACUUUUCCAAAAGAUCUCAGAGGAGAGGAACAUCUGUUUCCUGCUGAAGUCCAAGUGGGCCACCUUCACUGCUGCCCGCUUAAAUCUGCUUCCAGCUUGCGUUUUUGGGACAUAUGUAAAUAAGCGGGAGAGAAAAAGUCUUCACUGGAGGUGUUAAGGGACUUGGUUGCUUGGUUUGUCCAUAUUGUUGAUUUGUAGCCUGUAGCUUCGGCGGACAUUUUGUGGACCAGAUUCCACUGCCAGGGUCUAAGAAAUGUCACACGGUUUUCAGACGUGCACUAGCCGCAAAAAGUUUGGAAGAAUGAGCUGUGAGGUGAAAUCUCCAGACUUUUUGCGAGUCGUGUAUGUGUGUAGUUGUCAGGCAGCGACUAACAACGCUAGCUGGUGUAUGCACUAUUAUUACUCUACCCCACGUUAACUCUCGCCCCCAAAUAUACCUCACCUGUGGACACUCGUCACCUCUGAGGCCUUCAACCUCGAGUGCACCUCCAUGUUGGCACACGGGAGGUGAGGGAGGAGCAGAAAAACAUGUUUAUACACACACACACACACACACACGUUAGCUUUGCGCUCAUUGUGGUUGCGAGGCUGACAUAAAGGCCGCCCGUGUCUCCUCUACUACUCUUACGCCGCAGCCUGGUUGAGUAUAUCAUUGUAGAUGUGAUGCAUGGAUUACUGCUAAGUAGCAUCAAUAAAUGUCAUCAAGCGAU